AUGGACAGAUCCAACAUCAUCAUCAUCCACCCGGACCUCGGCAUCGGCGGCGCCGAACGCCUCAUCAUCGACGUCGCUCUCGCGCUCCAAAACCGUGGCCACCAAGUCACCAUCUACACAUCGCACCGCGACAAAUCGCACUGUUUUGAGGAAGCGCGGGAUGGCACGCUUGAUGUCCGGGUGCGCGGAAAUACGCUCUUCCCGCCAUUGCUAUUUGGCAGGUUUCAUUUGUUGAUGGCUUCGUUGCGCCAGUUACAUUUGACUGUUUCUGUGCUGGCGGAGAUGGGACGGACGGGGAAAAAGAUAGCUACCUCGAGUGGGCAAGAAAAAUAUCAGAAUGACGUGUUUAUUAUCGACCAGUUACCGGCUUGUGUGCCCAUACUGAAGAGCUUGGGCGAACGAUAUAUGCGGACAGCAGGUGGUAAACAGCGGAUACUGUUCUACUGCCAUUUCCCGGAUCAAUUGCUCGCGCGGCGCAAUGAAGGUAAUCUGGCUUUGUGUCUGCUCAAGGAGGCUUAUCGAUACCCGCUGGAUUGGUUUGAAGGGUGGGCGAUGAGUGCUUCGGACAAGGUUGUUGCGAACUCGAGGUUUACGCGCGGGGUUGUCAGGCGUGUCUUUGGAUCGGGCCGGUUGGGAGAUGUCAAGGUUGUUUACCCGUGUGUUGAUACGAAGGAGUCGUCGGCGCUUUCUUUUGAAAAGGAAGUUGUGAAGGAAGGGACUUUAUGGGAUGGGAAGAAGAUUCUUCUGAGCAUUAAUCGGUUCGAGCGCAAAAAGGGUAUUGAUUUGGCGAUUCGUGCGUAUAAUGGGCUUUCUAAGGAAGAUCGGAUAGGAACUCGUUUGGUAAUUGCAGGUGGUUAUGAUAAUCGCGUUCAGGAAAACGUCCAAUAUCACAAGGAGCUCGACGAGCUAGCAACCGGGCUAGGCUUGCAGACAGCCACCUCCACAACCGUCAUAUCAGCGCUUUCAAUACCGGACUCGAUUGACGUUCUGUUUCUCCUUUCAGUGCCCUCUGCAUUCAGAGAUACACUGCUUCACAAUGCAAAGUUACUUCUUUACACUCCUGUCAACGAGCAUUUCGGCAUCGUCCCCGUCGAGGCAAUGCAUGCCGGUUUACCUGUUCUAGCUUCGAACACCGGUGGUCCGUUAGAGAGUGUUAUCGAGGGCGAGACGGGUUGGUUGCGAGACGCUACACAAGUCGAUGAUUGGACUGCCAUCAUGCACAAAGUGCUAUUAGAGACGACAGACGAAGAAUUCGCGAGGAUGGCUGCCAACGGCAAAAGGAGGGUUGAAGACGAAUUCUCACUACGCGCGUUGGAGGAUAAGCUCGAAGAUGAGAUUAAGGAUAUGCUUGAGUCGUCCAGACGGCCGUUUGAGAGUCUGCAAUAUUUUCUAAUUGCUUUCUUCUUGCUGGGUAUUGUUGGCGCAAUUAGUGUUGCUCUAUUUCUGCGGAGACGAUCUUUGGAAAUCCAUCAAGUACGUGCAGCACAGCAGAAAAUGCCCGAGGUCAUUGACCUGAUCAACUCAACGCCGCCGCAUCCCUCACAGUCGCAGCCUCCGCCAUCAACCCAGCCGCGAGCUUUCCUCUCCCCUCACAGGUCUGGCGCAGUUCCAGCAAGCUCACCACACUUCCUAUCUGAUGAUGUCGACUCAUCUUUAUUCGCCUUUGACGAUCCUGCGCGCUCAGUGAAGAAGCGAAAAUUAACUCCGCCCACCGAGACAGGCCCCCCUCAAACCAGGGCGUCGCAGCAUAUCGCCAGCGAUUAUUCCCUCUUUACAUUUUCUGAUGACAUUGACUCGCCGGCUUUACCCUACGUAAGCAGGACAACGAAUACUACCGCCGCUGUUGCUGCUAUUACUACUGGUGUUGAGACGGGUAAAUCAGCAACCAGAGCGAAAACGUACAAAUGGGAUGGCGAUGAAUCGGAUCCAAUUGUGUUCACGUCUUCUGCGCCGGAGCGAACGACAACAAGAGAAAGGCAGCAGACAAGACUCGGAAAGCCAUCGAGUAAUGGCUCUAAAGCUGUCAGCAACACCACCAAAACUGCGCCGUCGGUCAUCGAUAUAAUUGACGACGGGGAUGAGAUUGAGGAAUGGAGUGACCCUUUCAAUACAUUGCCGGAGGAUUCAUCAGAUAAACUCUUGGACAAUAUGCGGCCUUCAUUGAAACCAUCUUAUUCUGAGCGGACUGCAGCGUUGUUAGCGGACCUCCGCAAUGAGGAUAAAGUCAAGAACCCCGCUACUACUUCAUCAAGAUCAUCGAGGAAGCCCGUGUCUAGAGGAAAUUUUGAUUUCGGCUCCGACAGCGAAUCACUCUCGGAUGUACAUCUUGAAAAACAACAUAAGGCGAAGAGGAAACCUAAGAUUAAUAAUACGGAGGACAAAGCGGCUAAGGCGAAGGAGCGCGAGGCAAACAAAGAGCAACGCAAGCGAGAAAAGGAGGCCGAGAAGGAGGCAGAAAAGGAACGAAAGCGGCUGCAGAAAGAGGAGAAAGCCAAAGAAAAGCAGUUGGCUGCGGAUAUCGCCGAAGUGAACAAAUCAAAGUCUCACAAGAAGGAGUCGAUGCCUGAAAUGAUUGUAGACAUGGCAAGGACUUUCGAGGGAACUAGUGUUGGAAAUCAGGUGAUUGAAUACGUGAAAAACCUGGGCGCUGAACAUAACUUCUUUCAGAGCGCGAUAGCGAACGUCGUCAAGUGGCGUCGGAAGAAGAAAUCCAACUAUAAUGAAGACGCAGGGCGCUGGGAACCAUGUCAGCCGUAUAUCGCAUCGGAGGAUCACGUAUUGUGCAUGCUCUCGGCUCAAGAAUUCGUUAAUAUGGUUGUCUCCGAUCCGUCGGCGUCAUACGCCGAUGAAACAGAAACACUUAACGGUCAUGUACGAACUCUGAAAACCGCAUAUUCUAAUUGCAAACCUAUAUACCUGAUUGAAGGUUUGACAGCAUGGAUGCGAAGGAACCAGAAUUCCCGCAACAGGGCCUAUCAAGCUGAGGUGCUGCGGCAAAUCAACAACAUCAGCAGCUUGAGUGACCCUUCCGGAAAUGCUGCUACUACCACUAGCAAGCGCGGUCGGAAAACUAAGACGUCCAAAAAACCCGAGGACACCCCUCUUGUAGCUGAUGAUACGAUUGAAGACGCGCUUCUCGAACUGCAGGUGACUCACAACUGCCUAAUCUACCACACAAGCACGCCAGGCGAGACGGCAGAAUGGAUUAAAAACUACAGCGAACACAUCUCCACCAUCCCGUAUCGGCGUGUGCAAAUGGAGAACUACGACGGCGCCGCAUUCUGCAUGGAAACGGGCCAGGUAAAGACAGGCGAAGACAAACUCGACACUUUCGUCAAAAUGCUACAAGAAGUCAACCGCGUCACGGCGCCCAUGGCAUACGGUAUAGCUAACAGGUACCCUAGUGCGGUUGAUCUGCUAGAUGCAAUGAAGAGACAAGGCCCGACGAUGCUAGAGAAUGUUCGCAAGUCGGCUAACAAGAAUGGCGCGUUGACGGAUUCCAGGAUUGGGCCGGCCGUUAGCAAGAGACUGUACAAGGUUUUUAUGGGCUUGGAUGAGACCUCGGUGGAUAUUUGA